CACCCCCCUCCCCUCACAGCUGAGGACCGACUCUGGGGGAAUCGACGCCCGGGGGCUGCUCGCCAGGCUGGCUGACCCGGGCUCGCGGGUCCUCGGGGGCGCGCGCGCCUGGAUGCCGCCGCGGACGAUGCUGCUCUUCCUGCAGCUGUGGCGUCUAGUGCCGGAGAGCGCGGCAGUUUUAAUUCUUCUGACAUUGCUACCCGAGCCUGACCUCAUCCUGGAUUUCCCCACCGCUGCCCUGGGGCCUCGCCCCCUCUCUGCCACACAGAUGCUGGAAGGCUUAUCAGCACAGACGGAGAGCCCCUGGGGGUUGCCCGUGGUGGCCGAUGGCCCAGCUUCCUUAGCGAAGAUGGUGAUGGCAGAACUAGCCAACCUGAAGUUAGAAAACAAGCCAUGGCCUGGAGGGACUCACUCUCUCCACUACCAUUACCUGGCCCUGUCAGAGCCGGGCCCAGACCUUCCCCAGUUUCUGGCUGUAGGCUACGUGGAUGACCAGCCUUUCAUCCAUUAUGACAGUCGUGUGGACAGGGCCAAGCCCCAGGCCCCGUGGAUGGCAACUGUGGACGCCCAGUACUGGGAGACAGAGACUCAGAAGCAGAGGGCCUGGGCAAAGGUGCAGCAGGUGGAGACGUGGACCGUGAUGGGCUACCACAACCAGAGCACUGGCAUGCACAGCACCCAGCGGAUGUUCGGCUGUGAGAUCCGGGAGGACGGCCACACCCACAGCUUCUGGCAGUUUGGCUUCGAUGGGCAGGACCACCUGUCACUGGACCUGGAGACUCUGAACUGGGUGUCGGCCAAACCUGCAGCCAUGCGGACCAAGAGCUGGUGGGAGACAGAGCGCUGCUAUGCUGAGUACGACAAGGCUUACCUGGAAGGCCUCUGCCUCGUUUCCCUGCGCAGGUACCUGGAGCUGGGCAGCCAGAGCCUCACCCGGAAAGGAAUCUCCACAGACACAGAACCAAACAGGAUGUGGAGAGAGAGAAUUAAGGAAUUGGCUCACGUGACCAUGGAGGACCGGGAGUUCCAAGAUCUGCAGCUGGCAAGCCAGAGACCCAGGAGAGCCAGUGUUUCAGUUUCAGUCCAUAGACAGGAAAAGACUGAUGUCCCAGCUGCAGGAGAUCGGGCAGGAGAGCCGCCCACGGUGCAGGUGACAAGACACACAGCCCCGGAUGGCGGCAUCACGCUGAAAUGCUGGGCCCGGGGCUUCUACCCACAGGACAUCUCAUUGAGCUGGUGGCUGGGUGAGGAGGAGCUGGUGCUAGAGACUGAGUAUGUGGAGACACGCCCCAGUGGAGAUGGCACCUACCAGACGUGGGCGGCUGUGCAGGUGCCAGCCAGGACGGAGUACCAGUACACUUGCCAUGUGCAGCACUCUGGCCUGAACCACACACUCACUGUGACCUGGGAAGCACCCCCUCGUCAGUGGAUAACCAGUGCUGUGGUUAUCCCCAUGUUGAUCUUUCUCUUGCUGACGGCUGGAGUGCUGAUCUUCAUCAAGCAGUACUCUCAAGGUGGAGAGGACCCUCCAGUGAGCCCAGUGAGAGUGGAGGCUGCUCAGCUGCUCUGCUGACACACAUUCAC